AUGUUUAGAGAUAGGCACUGUUUCGUGCACACGCAUAAUUUACAUGUUCAGCGAAGAGAACACUGUGGUGUAGGCGUGGCAGACGAGUAUGCUGUACUGGCUAUAUUUCUGGAAGCUAGGCAUAAAGAUGUGUUUCUGUGGACGAGGUAUGGGGAUUCAGGGUCUUCGUACUACACGUUGGCAUCACACCACGAUAGCGAACGGAAAGAUAAAGACGGCGGAAACCGUCUGCUGAUGUUGUGCAUGUAUAAACACGUACGCACGCACGCAUACUUAUGUGCAUUAGGCAGAAUGUUGUGGUGUGUCGCGUCCAUAUUGCAUGCAUGA